AUGGGCUUAGGAUUGGGUUCAGCAAUUGAUGUUGCAGUCACUAUUAAUGCUUCUCUAUUUCCAGGUAAUCAUCAUCAUCAUAACAGUAAUAAUCACUCAUCAGACACAAAUCGGCCAACGCGAUACCCUCAGCCUACAAAUGCAGCAGCAGCAGCAGCAGCAGCAGCCAUGGCAUCAGUAGCUCCACCACCGUUGAAAGACCUGGAAAUUCGUCAGGUAGAGGGGAAUGAUGGCCCACAAGGUAGGUCAAAUGAAGUUUUGGAUAUCUAUGUGCAUUUUGUGUACUUAUUACAUAACAUUCGUGAUAUAGCCAUACGAGUCCCACGUGAUUUGCAGAUUCCAUAUGAAGGAACAGUUAAACAGAAUAAUUCUUAG